AUGUUUUUUAGGUUCGUCUCAGUUGACGAGAUGACAUCGCAUCAUCGUAAACGUGAUCUUUUCCCGCAGUCGGCUUUGUCUGCUGCGACUUCACGCCCUAGCUCGGAUGUUCACAUCCAGGUCAGUCCGGAAUCGGAGCUGAACUAUGCUCGCUUGAUGCAGUUCAACUCAUGCUACGAAGCAAUGCCAACGAGUUCGAAAAUGGUCGUCUUCGACACCAAUCUGCAGCUCAAAAAAGCAUUCAAUGGACUUAUUUACCAAAACACGCGACAUGUUUUAUUAUCCGAUGCAGAGAAAGACAAUGCUAUUGUUGGUAUAUUAUCUGUAACAGACUUUAUUCGAGUUUUGCUUCGGUUGAAUAAUUUGCUGAAGGCAGCUCAACUACUCAGCAAGCAUCGGAUACAUCGUUUGCCUGUAAUGGAUCCCUAUGAUGGCAGUCCGCUGUUCAUUUUAACGCAUAAACGAAUUCUCAAGUUCCUCUGGCUCUUUGGACAGACGCUAUCGAUUCCCGAUCACCACACAAAAAGCUGCAAGGAACUCGGCGUAGGAACUUUCGAUGGAAUCCGUGUU